AUGGCGGAGCUGUUGAGGACAAUCACCCACAUCUCCCGCCGGAGCAGUCUCUCGGAGCGGUCGACCAAGCGGACAGACUCGAUUGUGGAGCGCGAACACAAGGCGCUGGCGGAGCUCAGGGAGCUGUGUCGCAAGAAUAACGUGUCGUGGCCGAAGAGCGAGUUGGUGGCUGAUGAUGACGCCCCCGUGAACGAUGGGACUGAAGAUUCGAAUCUACUACGAUACCUCCGCGCGCGGAAAUACGACGUCCCCGCCGCGUUCAAGCAGUACGCGGCGUCGGCGAAAUGGCGGCACGAGAUCCAGCUGGAGAAGACGUACGACGACGUCGACAUAACAAAGUUUGAGACCAUCAGGAGACUUCAACCCCAAUGGACGGGCCGGCGCGACGAUACGGGCGUCCCCAUCAUGGUCUACGUCGUCGCCCAGGUCAAGCCCGAGGACAUCCUCGCUCUGCACAAGAUGGAUCCGUCCCUGUCGAGCGUCUUCCUCGCCGCCGAGUAUGUCACGCAGUUUGUGCAGCCCUUGUGCGGGAAGCUCCAGCGUCGGAGAACGACCAGGUCAAUCAACAUCAUCGACCUGUCUCACGUCGGCAUCCCGACGUUUUGGAGGUUACGCAGACUGCUCAACGCGGCCAGCACCAUGGCCACGGCUCAUUACCCGGAGACGGUCAAGAGGAUAUACGUCGUCGGCGCCCCGCCCUUCUUCCCGCAGAUCUGGAAAUUCAUCACCCUGUGGUUCGAAAAGGAGACGACCCGCAAGAUCUUCGUGCUCGGCCACCACGAGAGCGCCGACGUCCUGCGCCGCGACCUGGGCGCCGAGAACGUCCCCAGGCGCUUUGGCGGGGAUCUGGAUUGGGAGUUUGGCGCGUUCCCGAAGCUGAGGCCCGAGGACCGCGAGGUUUUCACGGGUGGCAGCGGAGACGAAAAAGACGAUAGCGGCGAUAGCGGCAAACCGAGCUUGUUUACGAAAUGGGUCGAAGGACCGUUGAGGCUUCUGGAGGGCCGGGAGGGGAGGGCCAGGAUCGUCGCCGUCGGGUCGCGGGAUGGGGUGUUGAGGAGGGAGGAGGUAUAG